CAGAUAAGUUUAUUUAUGAAAUUACUCGUUUCAUUACGAUUUAUUCUGGAGUUCAUCCCAUUCGGCAAGGCUAGGAGUAUCAACGGUGGAGCGUCUUUCGAAUGCCAACAUGGAGCUUUGGAAUGCGAAGGAAAUAGUAUCCAGUCGUGUGUUCUGAAUCAACUGCCCGAUCGGGACCGACAGGUGUCAUACGUUUCCUGCCAGAUGAGCUUCGAAGCUGAUCCUCGCGGAUGGGAGUGCACCUUCCGUUCUGAAGCGGAUCUUGUGUCGAAGCAGAACUGCGUUGAAGGUGUCCAGGGAAUACAGCUGCAGUUGGAAGCCGAACGUCGUACCCAACAGAUUCCGUUGACCUUUGUCCCAAGUUUCGCGUUCAAUAAUCAAUUCGACGCCGAGCUGAAUAGUCUGGCGUUCCAAAACUUCCCGGCCGCUCUGUGUCGAGUGGAUAGUUCCAUUGCUGGAUGCCAAUAGUGAACGAAUUGGAACACCGCCGAUAGGAACUAGCAAAUCUGUACUUGAAUUGGAGUGACUAAUAAUAUGAUUUU